GCUGUCGCCCGCGUUAACCUCAUUGUUCUCUACGUCAAACUGGAAAGCGCCGAUAAUAUUCCAAUUGUUAGCAUUGCACUUAGGCGCUCUCCUUGCUCGAAGAGCUUCGCUUGACGCGCACGGCAGCGAGAUCUGCCCGCAAACACAGUCCCAGUUCCCAUUCACCAACCCCGCCGAAGGCAACCAGACCGCUGUAGGGUUCGCCCCUAUCUUGAUAUACCUCGCCAGUGACCGGGAGAGUAGCCCAUCGACACGUUCCACGAAACAGCGAAAGCAGCUGAGAAGCUUUUGAGGCUUCGUACUACGUGACGGCCAGCCAACGACUAAAGUUGGUUAGACCCUAGCAUCGAUUCAAAACUCUCAACUCUGCUGUCGCAACCCUCAGCAACCUGGGACACCAGCUACCAGCUCCGAUACGAAGACCGCAACGAUACCAUGGCUUCUACCGUGCCGAAGCCCGGGCCGGCAAACCUGCGCCCGGGAGCGGGCUUGGACGAAUGGCUGGAAGAAGCAAAGCGAUGCCAUUAUCUUCCAGAGGCGGUGAUGAAACAGCUUUGCGAAAUGGUGAAGGAGGUCCUUAUGGAGGAGUCCAACAUCCAACCCGUCGUCACACCCGUUGUGAUCUGUGGAGACAUACAUGGGCAGUUCUACGACCUGCUUGAGCUUUUCCGUGUGGCCGGAGGAAUGCCAGGCGAGACGAGCGUGCAAGCUCCCCAGACCGCAACAACGGUCAUCACAUCAGAAGACCUCGAGCCACCAACAGAAAUCACGGAUCCCAAGCUGAGAAAGAGGAUUCGAAGCUCCAGCGCGGGCGGCGCAACCGAGGAGGGUGGCGGUGACAGCGCAGAUCAACCGGCCCAGCCAGCAGAUGCCACCUCGGAAAAGUCUACUGCUGCGCCUUCACCAGCGGCCGACACCCGCUUUGUUUUCCUGGGUGAUUUUGUCGACCGUGGAUACUUCAGUCUAGAGACUUUCACAUUGCUCAUGUGCUUAAAAGCAAAAUACCCUGAUCGUAUAGUUCUUGUUCGUGGCAACCACGAGUCUCGACAAAUCACUCAGGUAUACGGCUUUUAUGAAGAAUGCCAACAGAAAUACGGCAACGCCUCGGUGUGGAAGGCUUGUUGCCAAGUCUUUGAUUUCUUAGUGCUUGCUGCUAUUGUAGACGGUUCAGUGCUCUGUGUUCAUGGUGGCCUGUCUCCAGAGAUCCGGACCAUCGAUCAAAUCCGAGUUGUAGCAAGAGCGCAGGAGAUUCCUCACGAGGGUGCCUUCUGCGAUCUGGUCUGGAGCGACCCGGAAGAUAUCGACACUUGGGCUGUCAGUCCGCGUGGUGCCGGGUGGCUGUUCGGUGACAAGGUUGCUACCGAGUUCAACCAUGUCAACAGGUUGCAGACUAUUGCGCGAGCUCACCAACUUGUGAACGAGGGUUACAAGUACCACUUUCCCCAGAAGUCCGUCGUCACUGUCUGGUCCGCGCCAAACUAUUGUUACAGGUGCGGCAACGUUGCCUCAAUCAUGGCAGUCGACCGUGACCUGAACACAAAGUUCAGCAUAUUCUCCGCAGUGCCUGAUGAACAGCGUCACGUCCCUGCCGGGCGUAGAGGCCCAGGGGACUAUUUCUUGUGAGAUAAAGACAAAAGAAUGUCUAUGAAAUUACGAGCAUAGUUCAAGGUCAUUGUUGGGACUGGCGUUUGGAGCGGCUUCUUUUGUCACUAGAGGGUAUUAUUGGCGGGCCAUGCAAUUUGACAUAUAUAAACUUGAUACCGAUAUGGCAAAGUGGCAGGGCAUUUGUUGGUAUAGAUCACAUGCACGCCUACUUCUCAUCGUUCUUUUUCUGUCCAUAACACGACAGACGUUGGACUGUCCAGUCGAGUCAUACUGUUGACUGUACUUCUAGGUGGCUGCACCGAUGUCCAUAGCAUGGAUAUCGGAUGAGAGCAAAUACACAAGAUGGAUUACGCAGUCUGCCAGGUGUAUGACUGCCAGUUACAGCAUUGAUUCUUGAAACCCCUCUCUUAGCACUGCGACUGCCUAGGAU